AUGGACAACGAGACUGCUGGUCCGCAUGAGGGCGGUGUGGUUGAACCCAUACCUCUACUACCCGAGUUUGCAGAGACGCCACCAUCUGACUUGGCAGAUCCCGCGGUUUCUGGUCCUCAGACUGAACCACAAUCCCCUGCUCCAGAUGCUACGGGCUUUACCGACGAGCACUCGGCCGGCGGGUCUGAGGGGAUUUUCGAAUGUCCUCACUGUGAGAAGAAGUACUUUACUAAACCCGCAUUGAAUCGUCACAUGCGUGAUAAGCGGUCGAAAUGCGUAAAGAAGCGUUCAGCCCUUGCUGACAACGCCGAAACUGCGUCUGCUUCUCACGUCGAAUCCUCAUACACACUGACACAGCCAAACAAUCCUGUUCCCAUACCCGGUCAAGAGAAUGACAACACCGUGGUACAGCGCGAACCCGUCAAACGAAAGGCAACUGCUUCUCCAGAAGCCAGUCCAGAGUCCAAGCCUGUUGGUAAGAAGGAAAAGAUGAGACAUGAUCAUGGAGGUGAGAACGCUACAGCACCGCAUAUGCAGCGACUGCUGCAACCAACCGAAGAAACAGGACAGGAAGUUUGGGAACGCACUGUACCGAGUGGCCCAGAGACUUCAUACAUCGGCCCCGAUCCUGCUAUGUGGAAUGCCAUGAACCAUGAUGAAAAGGCUGGCACGUUGUCGGUCAUGAUGCGGGAAGUCUACCAGCAGCAGCAUCAGCAACAGCAACAGCAACAGCAGAAUCCGCGUACCAUGGCUAUACGGGCACCGCAGUCCCAGCAGCGACAGAAAAAGCCCCCCACUGCCACUACAGCCGGCACUCGAAACACCUACGCCAACACCAACACCGUCAACGCCAACGCCGCCAACAUCACGCCCCCCCUCACCCUCGUCAUCAAUAACACGUCUCCACCCACCACCACCCCACCAUUUCCCGCCCUCUCCCUCCUCAACAUCUUGCCAAACCAGCUAUUUGGGCCUCCGCUUUCGGCAUACUGUCACCAGCGCAACAAGACGUUUGGCACCGACUAUGUUUUUCUCUGGCGCUAUGUUGUACAUGUGCCCGGCAACAACAAUGGCAACACCAACACCAACACGAACGGCGGUACCAUCAACGGUAACAUCAACAACAACGGUAACGGUAAUGGUAAUGCCAGUAGCGCUGCUAACAAGAACGACAAAAUGAUCCAACGCUACAUCAAGCUCGAAUACAACACGAUGCCCUGCCAAGUACGCCAUCCAACCGAUGCGAGCGUCAGACUGGGAAACCGAGAUGUCAUUUUCGUGGUAAGUCGUACUUCUCCUACUUUUCCUUUUUCUGCUGCUUUUACGGCGGCGGCGCCUGUGCCGACUGUGCCCAUCAUGUCUCGUGUGCUUCCUACUAUGGGGGCUGGAGUUGGAAUUGGAAUGGGGGUUGGGGCUGGAGUGGGAACUGGAAUGGGAUUUGGAACUGGAACUGGCAAUGGAACUGGAAUGGGAGUGGGAGUUGGAGUUGGAAAUGGAGUCGGAACAGCACGUGGUAUGCAAGGACAAGCCUUGGUACCAGGACAGAUGCAGACACAGGGACAAGCACCGACAUGGGGAUACGGACAGGCACAAGGUCAGGGAAACGGACACGGUCACGGACACGGUCACGGACACGGACAUGGUCGGGCUCAGACACAGAUGCAAAGUGCACAGUCUGCAUCGAACCUCCUGCAGGGCAACUAUCAGCACCAGCACCAACCUCAGUCUCAGCGCCAGCCUCAGCGCCAACAGCGUCGCCGCGGCCCUCAAGACACUGCACCACGAGGCUACACCACCACGGGCUCUAGCGCUAGCUCUGGCUCUGCACCUGUACUUGGCCCCGGAACUCCAGCCGACACGGCAGCCUGGCUGCGCCAUCUGCACGCAAGCGUCAUCAACCUGCGGCAGAGGAUCGACGAGCUGAGCCAGAGGCUGGCUGUGUAUGAAGGAGGAGGCGGCGACGUCCUAGUCAAGAGGGAGUAUGAUAUCUGA